GGUGCUCGAUUUGAUGCAAAAUUAUUUUUUUCCAGACUCACCCUAAUUUUUAUCAUUACAGCAUUGGAACACCGAAAAAUGGCAAAAAAAGUCAAUAGCCGGGAGAGCAAACCGCAAAAAUGACUUGUGUCGUCAUACAGGCGGGUCAAUACGAUUUGAUCAACAUCGUAUCAACUUGGACAAAGAAGAGGGUAAAACAGUUGGAUACAAGAAAGUAUUGUUACAGACCCACGCCACUAAGAGGUGCAAAAAAAUGUUACAAGAUGGGGUGAUAAGUGAAAAUGAUUUUGCGUCGUUGGAGUUUGUUACCGACCGUGCAAAGCGUUCAUAUGUCGCAUACUCGCAACAACUUAAAGAUUUGUAUGGGGACGUGGAUUGCGAUGAUUUAGACUUGUGGAAAAGUUUGCAUCCUAAGUGUAAGGGUCGCAAGAUGUUCGGGAUAGGAUCUUCUGAUCUUGAUUUUCUGGUGACCGGAAAAAAAUCAUCUACAAUUUGCGGUUCUAACGAUGAUGCCCGACACUCGCAAGAGCUUCAAAAAGUUCAGGCGGAGCUAGAAAGAGAACGUGAGGCUCGACAAAACAUAGAAGCCCGUUUCGAACUAUUUCAACAAGAGCUUGAAAAAGAGCGGGCCGACCAAGACGAAUGGCGAAAAAAUAUGGAAGAAUUGGUGAAAAACAUCGGAAAGAAGUAAACAAAGCUCUCGUUUUGUUAAGUAUUAGAAUAUUGGAUUAGUUUUGAAUCAAAAAACUUGCUCUUAAUUAGGAUUUUUUUGUGUGUUUUGGAACUUUUGGAAUGUUUUAGAAUCUUGCUUGUUGCAAAUGUUUUGGAAUGUUCUAUAAUUUUCUUGCAAUUUUUUUGGAAUAUUUUAUAUUUUGCUGCAUUUUUUUAUAAAAAAAAUGGUUUUUUU